GUAGGCGGCGCUCGUCUGCGCAGCGCUCAUGUCUCCGCUCUGAAUGCUCGCUCUUUCCACAACACGUUGUCUGUGCGGCCUCGACUUCCUCUUCUGUGCAGAUUCAUGGCGAGUGAUAUAGCGGGGAAGAGUUGAUUCACCUGCCGCGACCACACCGAGCCUGCAGGUGAGUGCGCUGCCAUUAUUAAGACCGUGACAUCAGCGGAGUACUUGAUUGGCUUUGACGUCAUCAGGUGUUUUAAGGAUUUGGGUGGUUUCUGGACUGAUCUCUGUGCUGUGCCCCCUCUUUCGUCGUGUUGUGGCCGUAGCUGGUCUUACUGAAGAACUGCCAGUCGAUGGCUCUGAUGGACAAACACAAAGUGAAGCGGCAGAGACUGGACCGCAUCUGUGAAGGCAUUCGACCACCCAUCCUCAAUGGCCCCAUGCACCCUCGUCCUUUGGUGGCGCUGCUGGAUGGCCGGGACUGUACGGUGGAGAUGCCCAUCCUGAAGGAUGUGGCCACCGUGGCCUUCUGUGACGCCCAGUCCACCCAGGAGAUCCACGAGAAGGUCUUAAACGAGGCUGUUGCAGCUUUGCUCUACCACACCAUCACGCUCUCGCGAGACGACCUGGACAAGUUCAAAGGUCUUCGGGUCAUUGUGAGGAUUGGCAGUGGUUUUGACAAUGUGGAUAUUAAAGCUGCAGCAGAGCUGGGUAUAGCAGUGUGUAAUGUGCCAGCCGCAUCUGUAGAGGAGACGGCAGACACCACCAUGUGUCUAAUUCUGAAUCUGUACCGCCGCGUCACCUGGAUGCAUCAGGCUCUGCGCGAGGGCACCCGUGCCUCCAGCGUGGAGCAGAUCCGGGAGGUGGCCGGAGGCGCAGCACGUGUUCGAGGGGAAACGCUGGGCAUCAUUGGACUGGGACGUAUUGGCCAAGCAGUUGCUCUGAGGGCGAAGGCCUUUGGGUUUGGAGUGAUAUUCUAUGACCCGUACCUGCCGGAUGGGGUGGAGCGAUCACUAGGGCUCCAGCGCAUGGCGACACUACAGGACCUGCUCAUCCACUCAGACUGUGUGUCGCUACACUGCAGCCUAAAUGAGCACAACCACCACCUCAUCAACGACUUCACCAUCAAACAGAUGCGUCAGGGCGCCUUCCUCGUGAACACGGCGCGUGGCGGUCUGGUGGAUGAGAAGGCUCUGGCCCAGGCUCUGAAAGAGGGCAGAAUACGGGGAGCAGCCCUGGACGUCCAUGAGACGGAGCCCUUCAGUUUCUCUCAGGGCCCACUGAAGGACGCCCCAAAUCUUAUCUGUACCCCACACACAUCCUGGUACAGUGAACAGGCCUCCAUUGAGGCCAGAGAGGAGGCGGCGCGGGAGGUUCGCAGAGCCAUCACAGGUCGUAUCCCAGACAGUCUGAAGAACUGCGUGAAUAAGGAGUAUUUGAUGGCAGCCUCUCAGUGGCCGUCUAUGGAGGCCACCACCGUUCACUCUGAACUCAACGGAGCUGCAGCCUAUAGGUUCCCUGCAGGGCUGAUUGGCGUAGCAGCGGGUGGGCUGCCUGGAGCCGGGGCAGGAGUGGAGGGCAUUGUGGCUGGAUCUCUGCCCCUGGCCCACGGCAUCGCCCCAGUCUCACACCCGCCUCAUACCCCCUCGCCCGGGCAACCCUCCAAGGCCGAGGCGGACAGAGACAUCCCUUCCGACCAAUAGCAUCCCAGCACAUUCCAUCUUUGCCCUGAUCGAUGCCCUUUCACCUCACCCGGGGGGACUGACGCCCCUGCUUUCGAUGUGACCUUGGGUCACCCCAGUCCAACAGAACACGUGUACAAACCUAGGAGGGAAACCCUGUACCCCGAACGUACCCCUCAUUUCCACUCGGUCUCCUCUAUUGUUCACUUUGGCAGAAAGCAAUAACUUCUCAAGGAUUCAAUAAUUGGGUUGAUACACACUAUUUCUAAGCUACGAAAUCCCAGUUCCUUUGCUUUGUAUCUACUCUGGACUAGUUGGAGUUUUUUUCCGAUUAGUGUUUCUUACAUUUCUGUUCUGUUCUUUUCUUAUCUGUUUUAACAGCGUGGAAAUAAACGCAUGGACCUUGUUUUCUUUCCUUCGUCCCCUGCCCAUCCUCUUCCUAGCAUACAUUUGUAAAACCUUCUCAACCUGUCCCAUCUUAGCAAACAUUUGAUCAUCAAAACAAAGCAUCAGCUGGCUACCGUCUUUAAAUUCAGCAUUUUAUUAUUUAUUUAUAAUAAAAUUAUUUCACAGCUGGUGUUCAAUAAUGGAGAUCAAGGCUAAUGGCUAUGGCCCGUGGCUAAGAGUAACAGUCCAUGGGAAGAGCUCAGAUGUCUCGCGUUCCUCUCACUCUCUCUUCAUGUGGAAGGCAUCUUCUAGAUUUGUCCAUCCUCUCUCUCUCCUUCUCUUUAUUUUUGCAGAAAACAAGAGCUUCGCCCCCAGAGCUGUUGGGGGUUUGAUCAUGUGCUCCACUUUAAGUCACAAGAUUUACAGCGUCCGUAAUGCCUGAGGUCUGCAUAACAGUGUCAUUGAAAACGCAUACGUGAGAUUCCAUCGUCUCGUGAUAGCCGACUUGAUUUUAUUUUGUGCACUGCUUGUGAAUGAUGAUGAUGAUGAUGGGAGAUUGCUCGUAGGCAGCCAGCUUCAUAAAUGCAAAUUUCAAACAAAGCCAUAUUCAUAGUGUAUAGCAUCUCUAACUUAAGACAUAUCUGCAAGAUUUGACCUAGCCUCAAAAAAUGCUCUUUUUACAAUGUGUGCGUACAGCAUUGACCUCCGCUUGACUCAUACUGAGAUCCACCAUAGCUAAGCUGAUAACAUUGGCACCUUUUUUAAUUUUAUUCGUAGCCAUUUGAAGAAUAUUUGCCUUGUUUUUCCAUAUCUUCUCUCUGGCCUGGAUUAUCUCUUGCUGUACUUCCUCCUUGUGCCUCCUUUUUCCAAUUAGGCCUUCUCUUUGUGACGCGGCGAGGCACACUCGUCCUCCAUCAAUUCCCAUGAAAUCACUGUGUAGCGAAUCCACCCGUCUGCCCUGCCCUUCCUCCUUCCCACAAGGCACUUAAACUCUUAACACACACUCACAAACACAUUUUCAUACAGGCCUGACAAACUCCGCUUCGUCCACCUUUUUGUGAGGAAGUCCUGGUGCUCCGGAGGCUGCAGUAGCGUUGAAGGCCAGCAGGUGGCGGCAACGACUCUCUUCCCCCACAGAGAGCCUCUCGUGAAGGUUUGGGCACCCCUGGGUUAGCGGGAAAUCAGACGGACCUGUUGUGGGCCGCACCAUCUGUCGACACGCUUCCAGAUACUCAGGAUGGGGGUGAUGUCGCCGAGUUAAUGCAGGUCAUAUACCCUGAGCUUAACAUUUUCAUGGGCGUCUUCUAUGAUAUCAGCCUUCGUUUUCUCUGCGUUUUCACAAUUUAGAGCACAGAAAAUAAGGUGGAAAGAAUGUAAAAGCUAGGUCACUGGAACGCUGGUUGCUUUCCAAAGAAGGUAACGUUAAGAGAGUGUCUCGGGAUAGCGUUCUGAGAAAGAGAAAGGCCUUUCUAGUACCUCAGUAACAGAUAUUGAAUGUAUGCUCAACUUUCUGGCUUUGUACAGCUUUUUUAGAUCAUAGGUUCCUAUUUCUGAGGGGGUGUGUAUGCGUCUGCAUGUAUGUGACCUUGUGUGACUGCUUAUCCAGUGCAUCAGUUAUUCGCAAAUGACAAAAUAAAGCGUUUUUCCCCCCUCCAUGCAUAGGAUGUCUAUUAUAUUGUUUCAUUAGACGUAGUUUGAAUCUCAGGCUUUAGCAUUAGGAAGUUCUUAAUCUGUGAUUUUUGUAAUUCUCUGUAUAAAGGAGCACAGUUUCACGUCUUCGUCGAGAUGUAUGCUGAUAAACAGAGGAGGUUUGAAACUCUGCGAUUGAGGAUGCGUUCUUGAUAGCCGAUGUUGUCGUAAGUGUCCUCAAUCCUCAUGGAUUCGUGCAUGAUAACCAUAUCAGGCCCCACCCCCUCGCUUCCCAUUGGCCACGUUUUGAUGUUGAAUUUUGAGUGACCUGCAGCUUUUCCUAGACUGAAGUGAUGCCCUUUAUUCUAGCUGCUCUGUAAGGUUUCUCCAUACUACAGCGUUUUUGAAUUUUUCGGGUUUCUUCUAGCAUUACCGUGGUGUUUCUUUGCCGUCAGCAUCAUCCAGCUUUGAUAUGAGAUGUGCACUAUGUGUUAAAACCAAGAAAUAAGUUUGUGUCAUUCAGUGUUCAACAUGUUGUAUUGAAACAUUUCAAGAUGAGUCUCGGUCCAUCCUUUCACCCUUGUCGUCCCGUGGUCCCCUCGCUGCCUUAAUGUCGUUGAUUGCGGUGAAUCUUCCCCCCACAAAUACACAUGCAAGAGAGAGGAGGCUGUUUUCUUUAGCCAUAUGUUGCUCUGUGUGCUUGAUGCAUAUUUUUGGAGAGCACGAAUGGCUUUCACUUUGAGGUGUGAAAUGCUCAGGCACUAUGAAAGACCCUUUCAGGAGCCGCCGAUGUGGUUAAAUCUGGUCUGUGAAGGGAGGCUGGAGAGGACAGAUAUGGACUCGCAGCAGUCAGUUUCUCUCUCAGGGUUGUAAUACACGCAUAUCCCACAGCCGCCAGUUACACACGUCCUCCAUCCCAAUGAAGAUCAUGUUGUAGAUCUCCAGAGCUCGCCUACACAGUCCAUCUUUCAACAGUGAGUGUCCUUCUGUGAUAUUUGUCCUUUCUAUUGCUCUUUUUCUCUGCGUGUUUGUCGCACUGACACCUAACAACAGAAGAAUGAAUGUUUUAAUAGAACUGCGUGUAACAUUGAAGUUGGGAAAUGUAUUUUUACAACAUGUGAACUUUUUAUUCCUUUCUCUUACCUUCUUUUUGUUGUGAAUUGA